AUUGCUUAGAAUUCUAUUAUAGUAUAAAAACACUUGUACUCCGCUUCAGCAAAGAAAGUAGUAAUUUUGAGCUUAAAUUUCGAGCAAUCAGAAAACCACAAGAAAACACAAAGAGCGAUCUGUAGUUCUAACAGUAUGACUCAGGAAGGUCAGGAUCUACCAACAUUCAAGUGCGUUCUCGUCGGCGAUGGCGGCGGAAAGACGACCUUUGUGAAGCGCCACAUGACCGGAGAGUUUGAGAAGAGGUACGUGUCCACAUUGGGCGUGGAGGUGCAUCUUAUCUUCCACACAAAUCGCGGCGCCAUACGCUUCAACGUGUGGGACACCGCUGGCCAGGAGAAGUUCGGAUGUCUGCGGGACGGCUACUACAUCCAGGGUCAGUGCGCUCUCAUCAUGUUCGAUGUGACCUCGCGUGUCACCUACAAGAACGUGCCCACCUGGCACCGCGAUCUGGUCCGCAUUUGCGAAAACAUCCCGAUCGUCCUCUGUGGCAACAAAGUGGACAGCAAGAACCGCAAGCUUAUGGCGCAGAGCAUCGUCUUCCACCGCAAGAAAAACUUGCAGUAUUACGACAUCUCUGCCAAAUCGAACUACAACUUCGAGAAACCAUUCCUUUGGCUUGCGAGCAAGCUGGUUGGUGACCCCAUGGAGUUCGUCGCCAUGCCGGCCCUGCUGCCGCCAGAGGUCAAGAUGGACAAGGAUUGGCAGGCGCAGAUCGAGCGGGACUUGAAGGAAGCUCAGGCGACCGCCCUGCCCGACGAGAAGAGGAUAUAUAGGACUAUUUAUAGUUAACUGGGAGACAUGGCCGACCUGUACACUCACCACUAUCCACACUCGUAUUUAUGGAAAUUCAUUGUUGUAACUUUGGGCAGAGUCU